GGCCGCGGUGCCGGGGGCGGUGGACGGGGCAGGGCGGGAGCCGGGCAGCGCCGGGCAGCGCCAUGGGGCUGGAGACGGAGAAAGCGGACACCCGCAUCUUCAUGGACGACGACAACUUCCCGCCGGGCGGCCCCGAGCCGUCCGAAGCGGAGAAGUACGCGGAGGACGCGCUGGAGCGGGACCCCCGCGGGCUGAACGCCCACCUCCAGCUGGGCUUCGAGGACGUGAUCGCCGAGCCCGAGCUCACCCACUCCUUCGACAAGGUGUGGAUCUGCAGCCACGCGCUGUUCGAGCUCAGCAAGUACGCGCUCUACAAGCUGCUGAGCCUGCUGCUCGCCGUCCCGCUGGCCCUGGUGUUGGGGAUCGUCUUCGCGGUGCUCAGCUGCCUGCACAUCUGGAUUGUGGUGCCUUUUGUGAGAACCUGUCUCAUGGUCUUGCCUUCAGUGCAAACCAUUUGGAAGAGCCUGACAGAUGUUUUCGUUGCACCAUUCUUUCAUAGCGUAGGCCGGUGCUUUGCCAUGGUUAAUAUACGUCUGGAUCAAGAGUAACUGUCAGGGUUGCAACACUGCUGUAAUUGUAGAUGGUGUUAUACCUCUUUCUAAUGUAACAUGCAAGCACUUACCAUUCAUUCCAACCUGCUAAGAUGAUAAUGGCUGGUUAAGUGGGAACAUGCUAUUAUUCUAAAACUCAUUUAUUUUCAGGGAAUGAAUUUAAGACUAAGUAGGCAGUUUUCAUAUCUAACUAUUUUAACAGCAGAAUAAAUGUGGAGUAUGUUGGCAACACUUUAUUUUAAUGGUACGUUGAUUGCUGGAUUACAGAAAAAAAUCUCUUGAAGGUUUAAUUGCCACCAUUGUGAUAACGAUUGGCAUUAUUACACGAAAUGUUUAAAUUAGUAGGCUGAGAUACUGUGGGUGAGAAUGAUCUCUAGGGUUUCACACUGAUUUCACUGCAGUUCCUAGAGGGAUCAUUUUUGGCCCUCACUAUGCUAAAUGAUAUACACAGUCCAUUAUUAUCUGCAUUGAAAAAGAAGGGCACGAUGCAUAAGCAUACAGAGAAGUUAACUCUUCCAUAAUUCUCCUGUGUUGGGGAAAAAGCUCCCAGAAGGUUAUCCCUUAAAAUAAGGUGUUACCUGAUUUGAACUAUCAGCUAAUCUGUAUAUUUUAUUUAAUAAGAGGUUAACUUUGCUGUAUAUUUUGUACCUUUGUAAAUGGCACUUGGUGAGCUUUCUUUGAAGCAUUAUUUCUAUAGUAUUUGAAUUCUAACAGACUUACUAGGCAGUGAGAGUGAGAAACUGCAAAUAAAUGACUUAAACUAAAAUUUCAAUGUAUAAAUUAUGCAGAUUUUAAGCAUUGCUGUGCAAUUCUAGGACAUCCAUUAUAUAUAUAGUUGUGUGCAAAAGAAAAGAGUAUAAGAUUUUUAAUACAAGACUAUGCAAAAGAGCUGGAAAUACCUGUUUAUGAGAAGUGGGUUUUUUUUUUAAUUAAAAAUGGACAGUAGUAAAUGCAACCCUGCCUAUUUCUGUGUGUUAUCUGUGUGGACAUGGAGAUAUUUAAAAUGCUGGAUGCUAGGCUGGCACUUUAACUAAGUAACAAGCUAUUAAAUAAGUCAAGUGGAUGUAAUUGGUAUCCUUGUCUAACUCCUUGUCUACUGACUUGACUCUCUAUGUUGCUUAUUGCUACUUUGAAGUCUAACCCAUAACAAAGCCCUUUUUCUGUCUGCACUUAAUACAGCUUGUAAAGCAGAGUAACAGAACAUAUGCAGAGGUACACUGAAGUUAGAUUAGCCUUCUAAUGGGUUUAUGCUGCUGUUUUUUCCUGCCCUUGUAAAUGUUUGUAUGAUUUAGAAUUUUAUUUUCUAAAACGGUGUCACAGAUUUCUUAUCAAAAAGGGUAUAAAAUAAAAUAAUAAAAAAUCA